GGCAUAGCAUGUGUGUGUGUCUGUGUGUCUGUGUGUGACAUGAGGGUAAUGGAAGGCUUGUCUCCUGAGGGCAAAAACCACAGUAGGCCAGUGAUCUGGUACGACUCAUCAACGCAUGUGCUAAUCUAACCCACAGCACUGGCGCGUCUCUCUCAGUAAUCAAUGCUGGAAUUGAAACAGCGGUGACUGUGAUCCAUAUUUAGCUGGUAGGCUUGUUAUGUAUCGAUGAACCUUCCCUACCAUUUUGAAAAGAUCACCUCCAGAAUGUCCUUGGGCUAAUGGAAAACGUAGUGAAGUUCUGAGAUUUUUUUAAGUAACAUAAUCCUCAUAAACAAGCAAAAUGGAUCUGAGAGCUAAGCAUGGUCUGGUGCUGUUGGACCAGUUGAAUCGCAUGCGAGAGGCUGAACAGUUGACAGAUGUGGUGCUAGUUGCUGAAGGAAUCAGUUUUCCAUGUCACCGUUCUGUCCUUGCUGCAUUCAGUCCUUACUUCCGUGUUAUGUUCACCUGUGGCCUGCGUGAGAGUGCCAACCGACAGGUGGUUCUACGGGACAUGCCAGCUCAAAGUUUAGCCCUCUUGUUGGAAUAUAUGUACAGCUCCAAGCUUCCAUUGACCACUGACAAUGUGCAAGGUAUCUCUGUUGCUGCCUUUCUACUGCAAAUGGAUGAUGUUUUUGGACGUUGCCAGGUCUACAUGACUGACAAAAUGGAUGCCUCCAACUGCGUGGGCAUCUAUUACUACGCCCGGGAUCUGGGAGCUGAGGACUUGGCUGAUCAGGCUCAGCGUUACCUCCGGCAACACUUCACUGAGGUGUGUCUGAGCGAUGAAGUGUUGGACCUGGAGGCUCACCAGCUAGGAGCAUUGCUGACUUCAGAUGACCUGAAUGUAACCCGGGAGGAGACCAUUCUUGACAUGGUGAUGCGAUGGGUGAAAUAUCGCUCAGUUGGUCCAGGGCUAGAAGAAGAAAACCGUGUCCAACAUCUCCCUGAACUUCUGACAAAGGUACGUCUUCCACUGGUGAGCGUGAGUUACCUGAAGGAGACCCUGAAGCGCAACACAGCCCUGCUAGCUGAUGCAGAAUGUCUACAGAUGAUGGAAGAUGCAAUGGAAUCAGCAGGAAUGCAUCCAGAUGCUCCACCUCGCCGACUGAAGCUACGCUAUGGUAUGGAGACUACUGAUCUACUACUCUGCAUUGGCAAUGACACUGGAGGAAUACGGUCACGCUAUGGUAGCUAUUUGGACCGCAGCUUCUGCUAUGCCCCCAACACUGGUCGCACAUUUUACAUCACCUCCCCUCGCUAUGGUGAUGCCCUUGGAUAUGUCUGUGCUGGGGUGGUCACUGAAGGGAAUGAAAUCAUUGUGGCAGGAGAGUUAGGAGCACGAAGGAUGGCAAGACAGAAGGAAAGGAAUAUUGAGAUUUUCAAGUAUAAUCAGGAAGCUCAGGGAAGUUGGAAGCACAUGACUUCAGCAGAAUAUCGUGAUUCAUAUGGACUGGGUUCUCUGGGUGAUAACCUGUACCUAAUUGGAGGUCAGAUGAAGCUGAAGAACCAAUACCUCAUCACCAACAGUGUUGACCGCUGGUCCUUACAGGGUGGUCCUUGGCGCAGUGCUGCUCCUCUGCCAAUGCCCUUGGCCUAUCACAGUGUAGUUAGGAUGAAAAACUGUCUUUAUGUGCUUGGAGGGCGGACCCCACAGACAUACCGCACAGAUGAGGAGCCUGACCGUAUGAGUAACCGCCUUCUGGAGUAUGACCCAGAGACCAACAAGUGGAAUGAGCUCUGUCCUAUGAAAUAUUCCAAAUAUCGAUGCAGUGCAGUUGCCCUCAAUGGAGAAAUCUAUGUUAUAGGUGGUAUUGGGUGUGAGGGUGUGGAUCGUGGUCAGUCACGUCGCUGUCUUGAUGCAGUAGAGAUCUACAACCCAGAUGGAGAUUUCUGGAGAGAUGGCCCUCCUUUACCCUGGCCCCUUCUGUCACUGCGAAGCAACGCAUCGAAUGCUGGUGUAGUGGAUGGAAAACUCUAUGUUUGUGGAUACUAUAAAGGCGCAGAUCGGCAUGACAUUAUCACCAAGGACAUCCUGCAGUUGGAUCCAUUUGAGAAUGAGUGGACUGUGAUGGUCAAACAGGCCAUAAUGCAUGACAGUUAUGAUGUGUGUCUGGUGGCAAACCUUAACCCCCGAGGACUCAUGCCCCCACCUGCUGACUUAGUGGAUGAAUAACAAAAAAGCCAUGUGUCAGAAAUCGAAUAUGGCGCACUUAUGAGCUACUAAAUAGAGAUCUUCUCAGCUGUAUAUAUAGGUUGUAUUUUGUGUUCACUGCAGGUAUCAUAGCUGAAGUUUGAACUUAUGUAUGGAAGCUGUUAGUAUAUUGUUUAUGAGUUAAUGAGUUAUUCUUAAAAUUAUGUCAAACUGCUGAUAUGGCUCAGUUUACUUGUUCAGAUAGUGUUAAAAGAGAAUGUAAUAAAUUUCACUGAAUCUCA